AUUUUCAUCUUCUACAAAAUAUAUGUGUAGAACAUAUUCAAGAGCGAUAUCACAAUACUUGAUACUACCAGUAGCAAAGUGGACGGUACUUGAGAAUGGACAUUGUUAACGUAUGCCAUCAUGGUGUAUUAUAGAUUUUAUAACGUAAAUACAAUUCGUGAAUCUGAAUAAACAUACGGCACAACUCAAAAGGAAUACAAUAUUACUUCUCCAAAGGGCAAAACACGUUUAAAAUUGUGAAUAAACCUGACACCAUUACUCAAGAGGAGCACUAUAUAACAUUCAAUGCGGAGCAGUUUUACUACUGAAUGAAGUAAAGCACAUGACAUAGCACUCAAAAGGAACACAAUAUAAAUUUUCCAAAACGGGAAAAGAUAAUACCUCACGUAAAACAUAUGCCAUAUCUCCAAAGAAAGAUAACAUAACACCCCAAACAGGGAAAAUAUACUAGUAAAAUAGAAUGACUCUAUCCGAAUUACUGAGUGGAAAACGGAAAUUUAUAGCUAUAGGGAUAGCAGUGGGAAUAUGCGUUAUCCUUGGUAUAUCGAUUGGAGUAGGGGUACACAUAUCCAGCCAGCAGGGUGGACAGAUUGGUGUGACGGAAAAUCCUAGCAAUGGAACUACUGAAGUCCCUUGGGAAAUAACAACUGGAAUACCUGAUCGAAAAUAUAUAAUGGCCUGUUACUAUACCAAUUGGGCACAAUAUCGACCAGAUGGUUACAAGUUCUUUCCCGAAGACAUUGAUCCCUUCCUGUGUACGCAUCUCAUCUACGCCUUCGCCAACAUGACUGGAAACCAAUUAUCAACAUUUGAAUGGAAUGAUAUCGACAUGUAUAGACGUUUUAAUGCUCUGAAAGCUAACAACACCAAUCUCAAAACUCUCUUGGCAGUUGGCGGUUGGAACUUCGGGACGGAGCGUUUUUCUGACAUGGUUUCGACUCCUGAAAAUAUACAAGAAUUUGUCACAACGACUAUUGAUUUUCUCAGACUCCAUGGGUUUGAUGGACUGGAUCUUGACUGGGAGUACCCUGCACAACGUGGUAGUCCCCCUGAAGAUAAACAACGAUUUACUACGCUCUGUAGGGAACUUAGACAAGGCUUCGAGGAUGAGGCAACUAGAACAGGGCGUUCGCGUCUCAUUGUCAGCGCCGCUGUUGGGGCUGGGAAAUAUGCAGCGGAUACAUCGUACGAAAUAGAGAGAAUUUCAGAGUACUUAGACGAUAUAUUCUUGAUGUUGUAUGACAUGCAACCGACUGGCUACAAAUACACGGGACAUCAUAGUCCGCUAUAUGCAAACCCUGUUAUAGGAGACGCUUCUAAAGACAAUAACGUUAAUUUUUCUGUGAACUACUGGGUUGCCAAUGGCGCCGAUCCCCGGAAGUUGAUAGUAGGAAUGCCCACAUUUGGCAGAACGAUGAAUCUGACGUUUACAGAAAAUCAUGCGGUUGGCGCGUGUUCAAAUGGACGUGGAGCAUCCGCCCCUGGAACAAGAGAGGAUGGAUACAUAGCAUAUCAUGAGAUUUGUAGUCUCUUAGAAGAUGGAGCUAUUGAAUACUGGGAUCCCUUCCAGCAAGUUCCCUUCUCUGUGCAUAUCCCCUCGAGUAGGUGGGUGGGAUACGAUAACACAAGGAGUCUAAGGAUAAAGGUGGAAUGGUUAAAACGAAGUGGAUUUGGUGGAGCCAUGGUGUGGGCACUUGCGCUAGAUGAUUUCUCUAAUGUUUGCAGCUUACAUACCGGGCGCUUCCCGCUCAUGAACGCAAUCAAAGACGCUCUCUUGGGUAUAAACUAGACAUUGGGGGUGUGCUUUGGAUCGAGGAGUUGGUUUACAAAGAGUUUAAAAUAGGAAUUGAAUUAAAAGAGACUUGUAGCUGAUACUUGAAUUUGGUCCUACAAAAAUAUAUUGUAAUACAGUAAAACCUGACUUAGUGAAAACCUCUCUCUAGUGAACACCUGCCUCUAGUGGACACUAUUCCUCCGCACGUACAUU